AUGAGUCGUUUUCGACGGGACAGCGAAACAUCUUCGUCCGAUUCUUGGUCGAUUGUUGAAGAGGAGAAUAAUGAUAUUGUUGAGCACGAUGAUUUGAUGAGCACUGAUUCGGAAUCGGAUUCUGAUUCAGAUUCUGAUCUUGAAUUAGAUGUUUUGUCAGAUAGUGAUGAUUCUGAAAUUUCCGAAAAUGAAGAGGAAGAAGUAGAAGAGAAUCAAGUUGAACCCAUAAUUGAGGUUAGUUUAAAUGGCCUUGAACAUUACAAAAAAUCAUAUGUAUUUUGAAAAUUGAUUUGAACAGACAAUGCUUAAAAGCUUUUUGGAUGAGCGGUGAAACCGGUUUGGAGGAAACUAUUUUCAAGCUGGACCUUUGUUUCACUGAAUUUAUUUUAAUUCAAAAAUAUAAAGUUUUUGUCUUUUCAAAAUUUCCAGAAAAUUCAAUUAUGCGGAAUUUUUCAAAAAUGGGAAUAUAUGAAAAAUUCAUAUUCUAGCGUGACCUAAAUUUCAAAAUUUAAUUUUAAUUUUGAAGAAAGACAGCAUGAGAAUUCAAGACAUCAAAAAAAGUUCAAUAAAAGAAUUAAUUUCAAUUUUAAUUUUUCUAGCAUGAUCCCCGAAUUAUAGGUUUCAAGAAUUGAAAAAAGUUUUGAUUCUUUUCAGGAGCCACCAACUGAUGAUGAAGAAGAAAACGAAGACGAAGAACAACAAGAAGAUCUUCCACUUGAUUCAGAUUACAUUUCCACAGAUCAUUCAGAUCUCGAAAUCGAAGAAACUCAAGAUGAAGAAGACGAAGAACUUCAAAUCAUUGAAAUCCGUUUGAAAGAAACUGAUUCAGAGAGAAGAAAUCAUAUUUAUCUUCUCGUUCCAUUACUCUCAAUCACAUAUACAGCGGCUAUUCUAUUUUUGACGAAUCAAAAAUCGGAUUAUUAUGAAACUACUUUAAAUGCACCACCACAUAAAGAAAUCAAUCCUCUUCCACCAUUUCUUUUCACUUUCAAUAACAACAAUUUUUCGAAUAUGAGUCCUUUGAGAUCAUCGGAAAAAUUGCGAGUUGUUUUGGAUGGACCAAUUCCGCCUUUGUCGGUUUGCAUGCCUAGCAAACCACGGAAUUUGUCAGUUCCAAUGAGAAAACCAAGACAACUUCCAAAAUCAUAUUUCUCGAAAUUCCGCACUCAACAAAGUCAGAGUCAACCAAAAUUCAGCAAAUUCCGCGGUGAAUUGGCUCCUCGAUACAAUCUUCGAAGUUUGCCACGCAAAGCUCCAACUUUCCAAGUCAGAGAUUAUGUUCGAGAUGUUAUUUUCAAGACGAAUUUGAGAUCUUAUUAUCCAAAAAGAGAGAUCAGCAAGAAGAUCAAUAAAAAUUUGCCAAGUGUGAUUUAUAAUUAUCAAAAUCAAGAAAACACAACAUUCUGGACACCACGACGAAAGAUUCAACAAAAUUUGAAAAAACAAAGAAUGAUUGAAAAUAAGGGGAAAAGUUUGAUUGUUAGAAGAUCGGAGGUUCAAUAUUCGAGAAAAGCGAGUCAAAUGAUGCGACCAAAAAGAGCACAAAAAACACCACAACAACAAUGUGAGGGUAGACAGUUCUCGGUGAGUUUUUAAAAACAUUUUAAUGUUUGGAAUAUUUUUGACACCUGAUUUUUUAUCAAGAAAAUUUCUAAUGGGCCUAUGCAGAAUAAUAUUUUGUAAUAAAAAAACAUAAAAAAACAUUUUUUUCCUAUGCAGAAAAACGUCGAAAAAACAAAAUAAAGACAACGUGAAAUUGAGAGAGCGCAGACAUAAAAUGGGUUUUUUUUCUGCACUCUCUCAAUUUCACGUUGUCUCUACUCAAAAUAAUAAACUGUAUAUUUUGUUUUUUCGACGUUUUUCUGCAUAGGAAAAAAAUGUUUUUUUUAUGUUUUUUUAUUACAAAAUAUUAUUCUGCAUAGGCCCAUAAAUUAUCUGUUUUAAUCCUAGACAUUCCACAAUUAAACAUUUUCCAGAAAUACACCAAAAAACGCAUCAGCUACAAAGCUCCUUUACCAUGCCGUGCACCUCAAUACAGUAAGCCUGUUUUAUCAUUUUUACUUAUCCUAACUCCAAAUAAUUUUUCAGAACCGUCCGAACAAAAAAACAUUCCAAAACCGUCAUUUGACUGGAUUCAAAGAAGAGCUCAAACUCGAAAAUCACUUCGCGAAAUGUAUUAA